UUCCUGGUAGUUUAGGGACUCAGAGGCAUUUUGCAAAGCUCCUGGAAGAGUGAAGUCCACUCAGUGCCUUCUGCAGCAAGGAACUUAAGACAGUUCAGUGCCAGCACACCAAGUUUGGGUAUCCAGGAACUUGGGGGACUCAGAUCCCUUUGGGGAAGAGUUCUGGAAGAGGAAGGUGAGCCUGUACAGUGUGUGGUGUCAUCAAAGCCACUGGGAACCACCUGAGUUUAUCAGAGGGAGGUCUCCAGUGUCUGCCAGCAAUCCAGGCAUUAGUCUAAAGAGUUGAAAGACCUGUUAACAGCUUGACUCAAGUCAGAGGGAGAAUCAGGUGCGUCAGUUCGAAGGCUUGUGUGUCUUCAAUCUUGUAAUCUCAACAGUGUCCUGACUGUUGUUACCAAGGAAGCUCAAGAUGAAUCCUACUGAGAACAGCCAGAGCCUCUUCAACCUUCCAGCCAGCCCUCAGGCCCAGAGGGAGGAAAGAGGCCUGGAGAGUGCACAGUUCCCCAUAGCUGAGGGGAACCAGGUGGCUGCCACUGCCAGCACCUCAGGGGAAGUGUCUGGUGGAGGAACACUCAGUUCUCCUCAGAGUGCUGAGAGAGCCUCCUCUCCUCCUGCUGCCAUGGGAGGGGAAUCAUCUGGUGAGGCCUCUGGCAACCAAGCAGGAGAGGUGGCUGAGCCUGAGUACCCCUCGCAAGGUGUACUAAAUGAAAAGAUAGUUGAUUUGGUGAGAUUCCUGCUCAUAAAGUUUCGAAGGAUGGAGCUAGCCACCAAGUCAGAAAUGAUGACUAGGGCCAUGAGGGAUUAUGAGGAAUACUAUGCUGUGAUCUUUAGUAAGGCCUCUGAGUGUAUGAGGUUGAUCUUUGGUAUUGAGAUGAUGGAAGUGGACCCAUUUGUCCACUCGUAUUUCCUUUACCCUGCCCUGGGAAUCACCUAUGACGGGAUGCUGCACGGGGUUGUAGGUGUACCCAAGACAGGCCUGGUUAUAAUUGUCCUAUGCAUCAUCUUCAUAGAGGACAAUUGUGUCAGUGAGGAGGUGUUCUGGGAUGUGUUGAAUAGCCUAGGGCUGUAUGCUGGCAUGGAUCAUUUCAUAUUUGGGGAGCCCAGGAGUCUCAUCACAGAGGAUUUUGUGCAGGAAGGGUAUGUGGAGUACAGGCAGGUGCCCAACAGCUGUCCUCCUCGCUAUGAGUUCCUGUGGGGCCCGAGGGCCUAUGCAGAAACCACCAAGAUGAAAGUCUUGGAAUUUUAUGCCAGCAUUGUUAAGCAGGAUCCUAGAUCCUACCCUGAGAAGUAUGCAGAGGCUUUGAGGGAGCAGCAAGAGCGGGCCUAGGCCAGAGAAGCCCAGCAGCUAAUAGACACUGCUGCUCUGACCACUGCAAGUUCUACUGUGCUUGCAGUUUCCAGUCCCCAUUAGGUCAGGCAGAGUAGUGAAGUAAGUAGUCACUGCUGGGAAAAAGAGUGUCAACCAUUCCUUGUUUUUUUUUUUUUUUUUUUUUUUUUUUUUUUUUUUUUUUUUCUUACUAUUCUGUUUGAGUGAUUUGAGGAGGCUCAUUAUUUUAAGAUUUUUCUACUUUUAUUACAAGGUUCAUUGGUUUGAGAUUUUUAAGGAUACAAAAAUGCAUCUAUUGUUGAUCCAGGUUAGGAGAAUUUUGUUUUCUUGAAAACAAACAGUGUUUUUGAAUUUAUAACAUAUUACAAGAUGUGAGAGUGUUAAACUUGCAAUUUCCUGGGCAAUGGAAAAGAAAUUCGCAUCAAAAUAAAGAACAUAAUAAAAUUCGUUUUUGACUGUG